AGAAGGAUGGGGUGAGGGUAAAGAGGAGAGAGGAAGAAGAAAAAAAAGAAGCUGGAUUGCACUUUGUGGAGAAUGUUUAGUUUAGUUAUCAAAACAAAAGUAUUGUAACAGAUGGGUCUGGCUACACCUUGGAAACGGCAUAACAGCGGUGCCGGGAGAGCCAAGGGAGCUUAUUAGGCUUAUAGGAGAGCCAGAGGGAGACUGAUGGGGCUCGCAGCCGUGGACACACACUUCAAUGCUGCAUGGGGAGAUAUAAAAGCCCUCUCACACACAGCGUCCAGCUUCACUGAAGUGCUCCAUUUGACAUGGGUGCGAGUUUCUUACCACAGAGAAUGCUUCCUCCAGGACACCAAAGGACUCAGCUUGAAAGAUUUUAAAGAAAAAAGAAACAGUUGGUUUGGACAGCAUGUGACCACAGAACUUUCCUGUCUUUGAGGAUGGAUGUUUUCUUGGGCUAAGUAACAGACAGGUUUUUGGGGUUAUUUUUGUUAUGAGAAUGCUAACGGUGGACAGGCACUGUCAAGCUGUUUGCAGAGGAAAAGACCAAAAUGUUUUUGAACUCUAACUGUUCUUGUGACUUUUGCUGCUUUUUAUCAAGUUUUUCAUAUUUUUUUUAAAUGAUCCACAAUUUAUCCAAACCAAACAUUGAAAAACGGGCGCAUUGAGCGAAGAUGGACUCCUCAUUCACCUCAGAGACGUUUCACAAUGCGGGGUCGAUAGCUGACCCCACCACCAGUUAUGUGGACGAGGACAUGUAUCUGCAGGAGGAUCUGGAUGUGUUCAGUGUGACCAUGGCUGUUCUCUACCUGGCUGUGUGCAUCGUAGGGCUGGGCGGGAACACCCUGGUCAUCGUUGCUAUCUUAAAGCUGGACAAGAUGGCUUCUGCCACCACGGUGUACAUCUUCAACCUGGCCCUGGCCGACGGCCUCUUUAUGGUGGGCCUCCCCUUCAUCGCCAUGCAGAAUUUCCAGAACCACUGGGCAUUCGGGGACCUGGCCUGCAAGCUGGUCAUGGUCCUAGACGGCAUCAACCAGUUCACCAGCGUCUUCUGCCUGACCGUGAUGAGCAUUGACCGUUACAUGGCGCUGGUUGACCCGCUGCGGUUUGCCCGCUGGCGCACGCCCAGGCGGGCCAAGAUAGUCAGCGGCUUCCUGUGGCUGUUCUCUCUGUUGCCUGUCCUCCCCAUGACCAUUCAUUUCUCGGCUAGGGACGGCCUGUGUAACCUGGACCCCCAGGUGGCUUCCGACUCCUGGUGGCUGGCCUUCAUCACCUACACAUUUGUCCUGGGCUUUGCUCUGCCCUUCCUGGUUAUGAUUGUCUCCUACACCGCCUUGGUGGUCACACUGAGGACCCACCGCCACCAGGCCAGCUCCCCAGGCCAGGAGAGCCCUCGCCUGGAAACCCAAGUCACCAAGAUGGUGGUGGCGGUGGUGCUGGCAUUCGCCGUGUGCUGGCUGCCGUUCUAUGCCUUCAACUUCUGCUCGCUGUACCAUACGGACCUGGUGCUGACCUUCGCCAGGUGCUUUGAGUUCGUUGUGCUGUUGUCCUAUUCCUGGAGCUGUGCCAACCCCAUCCUGUACGCCUGCCUCUCAGAAACCUUCGGACGCCACUUCCUCACCCUCCUCUGCCCCACCAAGAGGUUUCCCAGUGUGCAAUGCAACCCUGACACGGAGCGCUAUGACCUCAACGAUACAAGCGGGAUGGGUAACAGUGCGGUGGCAUAGAGAUUCCUGAAAAACAUUGGAAACUUUUUUUAUGUACGCCAACUUUCUCUUUAAAUUAUGACAUUUUAUUCUGUGUCUUUGGACAUGUCCUUUGUAUAUAAAGGAGGUUGGAAAAGAUUAGUGUGUUUUUCUAUACAAGUGUUUCUACAUACACUUCUGUACAGCUGUUUUUCUACAGGAUAAUAGGUUUUCUAUUUCCGCACCGCUCUGACUUGUUCUCUAAUUUCAUUUCUAAUAAGGCUGCGGUGAGGCCCCGCUGCUCUAUCACACCACUGUAAUUCGAUUUUCCAUAACUAAUUAAAUGAGGAAUAAAUUCUGUGACAACCGAGAGACAACAACAGGUGGCAUGUAAACAAGAUGGUAGCUACAGUAUGUGCCGCUGGCCAAGACAAAGAUCUCCCAGAAGACCCACAAAAGAAGUACACUUAAUGACGGCAAGUUUGCUAUGUGUCCGUCUCUCUAGCAGGAUCGUGUGAUUGAGAUGGCAGCGGC